CCAACAGACAGCACAGCCACAGCCACAGCCCCUCGUGCUGUAUUUCACCUUUUUCCAGGCCCUUGUGAGAGCAGUGAAUGUCUCUCCCAUACUCACCCCACACCCCAUCACAGAGGACAGUGCUGUUGCCCUCUCACCUCCCCCCUUUUUACUACUAUUAAAUGCCUGCAGAAGUUGUUCAGGGCAAGCCCUGAUUAAAUAUGUCCCAUUAAAUAUGUUCCCAUUAACAAAGCCAUUACACAUCUCCUGCCUGCUGUCUCCACUCACUGCCUGGCUCAGCCCCUCGGGAGCUGCCUGGAUUUGGGGAGCAGAGCAGCUGGACAUGCUCCUGCCGUGCUGUCCAACCCCAGCCUACUCAGACUAGCUCCUGAGCACUGCAGUUAAUCCCUGAACUGAAGCUGAUAUUCAGACACGUGGAGAGCCCAGAGCUGCACCAGAGCAGUGCCCCCAGUGCCCUCCCAGUGCCCCCCCAGUGCCUGCCAAGCGAUGCUCACGGGCCAGCAGCCAGCAGAGCCGAGCACUGCCUGGCUCUGGGCUCUUUCCAUCCUAUAAAGGGCACCCUCAUUCAUCUGCAGACUGUGUAGGCUGGUCGGAAUGUCAAGAAAUGCGUCCUAGUUCCUCUUUGAUAGUCUGCAAAUUGGUGUUCUGCAUUCAGAGUGACUCUGUCAUCCACAGCACCCCGUGGGCUUCAGCACUCCCAGCAAAUCCUUCGUGGAAAGGCCCCCGGGAGCUUCAGAUACAGGAGUUCUGCCUUAUCCUCCCUCCCUGGGUCGCAAAUCUCUUUUUUCAGGGUCACAGGCAGUGAUUCUGGUUUUCUCCCCACAAUUUAUUUGUCUCUUUCAAGCAGAGAGCGAGUUCUUGGCUCUUUGGUAGGAGUUCCCUUACGCUGUGUGUGUGGGAACCUGCACAUACGGCACCCAAAUUCCACCAACACCUCCAAGCCUCUGCAAGCAGAGAGUGAUGGCAACAGACGGCACAAUCCUCUGAAUUCCUGAGGGCUGUGUCCUCCCUCCCACCUUCUGAGGGCUCUGCUGUCUCGCUCCAAACACAGACACGAACCGACGCAAAAAACUCAAACAAAACAAAGCUAAACAAAAUGUUUAAACCGGUUUCUCUCUUUUAAGGAUCUUUAUGCAUUAGACCUAGAACCAUAUCGCUACUCUGGGGUGAACCUGACCGGCUUCCGGAUCCUCAACGUGGAGAACCCCCACGUGUCCUCCAUCAUCGAGAAGUGGUCCAUGGAGCGGCUGCAGUCGGCGCCCAAGGCGGAGCUGGGGCUGCUCGAUGGAGUGAUGAUGACAGACGCUGCCCUGCUGUACGACGCCGUGCACGUGGUGUCCGUGUGCUACCAGCGCGCCCCGCAGAUGACGGUGAACUCCCUGCAGUGCCACCGCCACAAGGCCUGGAGGUUCGGCGGCCGCUUCAUGAACUUCAUCAAGGAGGCCCAGUGGGAAGGAUUAACGGGACGAAUCGUCUUCAAUAAAACCAGUGGUUUACGGACAGAUUUUGAUUUGGAUAUCAUCAGCCUCAAAGAAGAUGGACUCGAAAAGGUGGGAGCCUGGAGCCCUUCCGACGGUUUGAACAUCACGGAAAUCUCCAGAGGACGAGGCCCGAACGUCACGGACUCGCUGAGCAACAGAUCUCUGAUUGUCACCACAGUGCUGGAGGAGCCCUUUGUCAUGUUCCGAAAGUCCGACACGGCCCUGUUUGGGAACGACCGCUUCGAGGGCUACUGCAUCGACCUGCUCAAGGAGCUGGCCAUCAUCCUGGGCUUCUCCUACGAGAUCCGGCUGGUGGAGGACGGGAAGUACGGGGCGCAGGACGAGAAGGGGCAGUGGAAUGGCAUGAUCAAGGAGCUCAUCGACCACAAAGCUGACCUGGCCGUGGCUCCUCUCACCAUCACCCACGUCCGGGAGAAAGCCAUCGACUUCUCCAAGCCCUUCAUGACCCUGGGGGUCAGCAUCCUGUACCGGAAACCCAACGGGACCAACCCCAGCGUGUUCUCCUUCCUCAACCCCCUCUCUCCCGACAUCUGGAUGUACAUCCUGCUCGCCUACCUGGGGGUCAGCUGUGUGCUCUUUGUCAUAGCCAGGUUCAGCCCCUACGAGUGGUACGAUGCCCAUCCCUGCAACCCGGGCUCGGACAUCGUGGAGAACAACUUCACCCUCCUCAACAGCUUCUGGUUCGGGAUGGGAGCGCUGAUGCAGCAAGGCUCGGAGCUGAUGCCCAAGGCCCUGUCUACACGGAUCAUUGGUGGCAUAUGGUGGUUCUUCACCCUAAUUAUCAUCUCGUCCUACACGGCCAACCUCGCCGCCUUCCUGACGGUGGAGAGGAUGGAGUCCCCCAUCGACUCGGCAGAUGACUUGGCAAAGCAGACAAAAAUAGAGUACGGAGCAGUGAAGGAUGGAGCUACCAUGACCUUCUUCAAGAAAUCCAAAAUUUCCACGUUUGAAAAAAUGUGGGCUUUCAUGAGCAGCAAACCCACGGCGCUGGUUAAAAACAACGAGGAGGGGAUCCAGCGAACCCUGACGGCCGAUUACGCCCUGCUGAUGGAGUCCACCACCAUCGAGUACAUCACCCAGAGGAACUGCAACCUCACCCAGAUCGGGGGGCUCAUCGACACCAAAGGCUACGGCAUCGGCACGCCCAUGGGGUCACCGUACAGGGACAAGAUCACCAUCGCCAUCCUCCAGCUCCAGGAGGAGGACAAGCUCCACGUCAUGAAGGAGAAGUGGUGGCGGGGGAAUGGCUGCCCCGAGGAUGAGAACAAGGAGGCCAGUGCUCUGGGCAUCCAGAACAUCGGGGGGAUCUUCAUUGUGCUGGCAGCAGGCCUGGUGCUGUCCGUCUUCGUGGCCAUGGUGGAGUUCAUCUACAAGCUGCGCAAAACGGCAGAGAGAGAGCAGCGCUCCUUCUGCAGCGCCGUGGCCGAUGAGAUCCGGCUGUCCCUCACCUGCCAGCGCCGAGUCAAGCACAAGCCCCAGCCCCCCGUGCUGGUGAAGACGGACGCCGUGAUCAACAUGCACACCUUCAACGACCGCCGGCUGCCCGGCAAGGACAGCAUGACCUGCAACACCGGAUUGGCACCCGUGUUCCCCUAGGGAACGGGAACGGGGAGGGGCGGGAGGGAAGGAACUGUGGCAGACAAGGCUGGAUGCACUCUUAACUAGGGAAGAGAGGAUUAAAAAAAACAGAAAAAAAGAAAAAGAAAAAAAAGCCUGGUUUGUUCAUUUCAAGAACAAGGCCUUUGCAACCCAGCUGCAUCCAUCACCACAGAGGAGCCACAGCUUCCAAGCACGGACAGCAACGUGGGUCUUGGGGCUUUUUGGUUUUGGUUUUGUUACUUUUCAUUUCUGGUUUUUUUUAAAGCUUCAAUCCUCCAGGCCUCAUGGAAUCCAACCACCACCCAGGAGUCUGAUGUUUACACACUGAAAACACGAGGAGGUGAAGCAGAAUUGAGCCAACCUGCCCCGGAGCGGGUGAGGAGGAGCCCCGAGCACGGCUCCCACAGCACGGCAAUAAAUAGGAACACUUGGUCAGGAAUGAGCACCUGUUCCACACCGACACUCACAGCACAUUUUGGAUACACUGUCUGGGAAAGGGAGAGGCAUCUGGGAAGCACUGGGAUGGUCAAGGCUGUGCCUGCUCUUGAAGCAGCUCGUGGUGGCCCCUCACCUCGCGGCUGUCCUGGCUGUGGCCAUCCAGGGCUGGAUAUCCACGUGGGAGCGUGGUGGGAGAAGGCAACACACGUUCCCAGGUCAGCUGGGGAAGGAGAGCUGCCUGGAAGGGGUGACUGAGCCUGAACAGAGCCGAAUUCCUGGCCAGGGAAUGCUGCAUCUUCGAGUGACACCACCCCCACGUCCCGUGCCAAGCCCAGGGUGACACUGUGAUCUCCAGCCCCUCCUCUGCUCUUCCCACAGAGCUCAGUCUGUCCCACCGAGAGCGCAGGAAGCAGCUGAGCCCACGGGCUCUGGCAGUGGUGGGAGCAGAGCUGCUUCUGAGAGCCAAAAGCACCCAUUUCCAAGGAACUCAGCAGUGCUGAGCCACAGCUCCAGCCCAGGAGGGGACUGUGGGGCUGGUUUAGGACUGAACGCUCUCCAUGGCAUCACGGACCUGAAGGAGUCCCAGCCUGCAGUGCCAGCGCUGGCCUGGGAUGAGCAGCAAUGCCAGUGCCAAGCCUGGUGUCCUCCUGCUCCGACCACAAACCGCUGCCCCUCGGGCAGCCUCUCCAUGGGAUUUAAGCAAACACACGCUAAAAUGUUUUUAGAAAAUCUUCCAUGAACUGUCUUCUUAUUUUCAGGUUGCUCGACCCAGAAGGUUGGUCCUGCAGAUGAGUUUAGGCAGAAUUACCAAAGACCCCUCUGCUGACCUAAAGUAACGCUCAAGUAAACCUCCCUCAGCUCCCGGGGGCCUGUGGGGGCCAGCAGGACACUCCAGGUUCACUCUCAAAGUUAAACAGAUGGAAAUGUCUCUGCCCGUGGUAACCCAGAAUGUCACCCGGUGAUGCAAAGGUGCUUAAGAGCUCUGAUUGAAACACUGCUGGUGUAGAAAACAUGAACCUCCUUCUCCUGCACAGGCAAGGGGACAGUGACCUGCAGGACCCCACCCGUGUGGAGGGCAGGCAGGGCAGGGGUGGAGCAGCCAGUGCCCAGCUCUGUGCCACGGCCACCGCGGGAACCGGCCACGGACUGACCCCGUCUGCCCUCCCCGAGCCACACGGCUGUUCUGGAGUUUACCCUCGCCCAGAGGAACAAACCAACAAACCUGUUUGUAGCUGAUUGGGGAUUUUUCCCCACCUGUUCCUCCCCGUGCUCAGUCGGGAAGGUUGUCUCAAGAUGAGCAGAAUUAGCAAAUUAGCUCGAGGGGGGAGAGCUGCUCCCCCGCCCCAGCACAGAACACAGUUUGUCCUUGUUUUGCUUUUUCCAUGAUGUAAAGAAGCAACAGAGUGACCCCAAACAAAACGAGGUGAUUUGUCAUACUUUGACUCAAGUAAAGAUAUGCAAAGAAUUCAGUGUUCAUUUUCACCUUUUCACGAAAACCAUGAAAAAUUGGGGGUGAAAGCUGCCAAUGCAGUGAGCACCAGAUUCCUAAUAGUUUGCUAUCAGGAGGGCAGACUGAAGUGUGGGGCAGCUUCCCAAAGCUAAGGACAUACUUUCUGUAUUCCUUUGCAAAUCCUAGGCUUGUCAGAGGAGUAGAUUUCACGUUUUCCUUGAAGAUUCCUAAGCUCUUAGAAAGAGAUUUUUACAAUUAAAGGAGAGAUUAAAACAAAGCCUGAAACUGGCUUUAAAUGUCCAGAGAGUAAAACAGCAUUCAUUUUGCUUCUUGGCAGAUUUUUAAAAAAAUAAAUAAAUAUUGGUAAUACCACAAACCCCAUUUAUUCCUCUUUGACACCAGCCUGAUUUGAUUUGACUCACGGACGUCCCAGUGACAGGUGAGCAUCUGGAAUCACUGGUGUCACUGCCAGCCAGACCAAACCCUGCAGAUGAGCCUUUUCCUUCCUGCCCUACACCCCUAAAUCAGCCACGAACAGCAGCCAAAUUCCUGCAUCUACAUUAUGGUUUUAUGUUGAAAUUUUGAUCACUAAAGCAUUUGACAAGCACCAAGGGAACGUUCUGCACCGCCCAGAACGAGGGGAGCUGCCAGGCCCACCCUGCUCACUGACCUGAGGGGACAGGGUGGCCUCAGCCCUCAGCCCUCCUGUGGCCCCGGGGCAGCUCUCCCAGGAGGGGCCACUGAGCCCAGAGCCUCUCCCCUGCUCCCCGUGUGCUCCUCGUCCCGGGGCCCAAAGCCAUGUGUGUUGAUCCCAGAGGAGAAUGUGUUGGGAGACUUGGGAAGGGACAGACCCGAUGACAAAGCCUCAAAGCCUUCUGCUGGUCUGUGACCCGGCUGGGACUAGUGAUGACUCACAUCUUACAACUCAUCUGACUUCCAAUGCUGCUUAACUCAGUUCCUUUCUUCACUUGGGCAGAGGGACUGGAAAAGUGAGAAGGAAAUACAGAAAAAUACAGAAAUCCAGGAGGAAAUACAGAAAAAGCAGGUUUGGGCUAUUGAACUGUAUCUAAACUGUUGUCACCUUGGCUCACUAUCCCCUUAUCACUUGCUUUUGCCCUCCAGCUCUCCCCUGAGACAGAGCAGGGACAGCCAGCAGCUUUCCUGGGUGGAUUUUCUGUUGGAGUCAACCAACAGCGUGUGCUGGGUCCGACGCCGAGGGGACAGACCCACAGAGAGACAGAAUAUGCAAAGGGGCACCAGCUCCAUCUCUGGGCACCCACUGCUCCCCCUCAGAGGGGCUGCUGGGAGCAGAUUGGGCCGGGUGCCAGCACAGGGGGCUCUCGAGAGGUCACAGCAAAGGGACCCUGUGGAUCUCAGUGGCUGUCACCCCGUGCUCACCCCAGGGUGCCCAGCACGGUGUGUGGGGCACGACAGUCCCUGGAGGUGCUCGGGGUUGGCAGGGCAGGAGUGUUCCCAGGCAUCAGCAUCUGCUCUGUACCUGACUUCGACAUGUUUCUCAAAAAAAGAUAAAAAAAAUAAUAAUUAAAAAAAAAAAACAACAACAAAAAGAGUGGGAAAAAGGAAAAAAUGGUCUCCGUGACAUUCAGGGGAUUUUCCUUUGUGGACAUGCAGAAUUUCUAUGAAUAUAGUUUUUUGUAAACAUUUUGUAACAAUUUUGGUUUCAUAGUAACUGUGUUACUUGCUGAUCAUUCUAGGCUGAUGUAAAUACAAUUUCCAAAAAAUAAAAAAAAAGAAAAAAUUCUGAUUAUUUUCCUUUUUAAGACACUGUGAUAUAUCAAAGUGCACAGUUUGCUGUAUGAAGUAAUAUGGUUUUAAAUUUUAAAUAAAUAAUUUCUAGAAAAUAA